AUGCAUUUCAGAAAAAUCAGUAGUUUUCAACAUACAGUUGUCGGCGGAUAUAUAUCGCACUAUCUGUUGGAAAAGUCCCGGAUAUGCGGUCAGAGCUCAUCGGAAAGGAAUUACCAUAUAUUCUACCAGAUGUGCGCCGGACUGCCGGCCCAGACGUACGCCAAACUGAAACUGUCGUCUCCGGACACCUUUCACUACCUGAACAGAGGCUGCACUCAGUAUUUCAGUUCAAAACAGUCGGACAGUCAACUCAACGCUAACCGCAAAUCCAGCGAUCAUAUGAGCGACGGUGCGCUCAACGACCCGAUCGUCGACGAUAUCAAAGACUUUAAGGCAACCGACGACGCGUUGGCCCACUUCGGGGUCAGCGAAGCCGACCGACUGGCCAUUUAUCGUAUUGUGGCCGCAGUUUUGCAUCUUGGUAAUAUUUGCUUCGAGGACAGCGCCGAAGACUCGAAAGGCGGUUCUCAAGUGACGGCUCAGUCGAUGCCAUCGCUGGAGACGGCGGCCGAACUGAUUGGUGUGGACAGCGAUUCACUGCAACAAAGCUUAUUGUCUCGUGUGAUGCAACUCAGCAAAGGAGGACAUAAAGGCACGAUAUAUAUGGUGCCGUUGAAGGUAUACGAGGCCCAGAACGCGAGGGACGCGUUGGCCAAAGCCAUGUACUCGAAGCUCUUCGACCACAUCGUGAAGACCAUCAACAAAGCGAUUCCGUUCUCCACUUCGGCCAACUAUAUCGGCGUCUUAGACAUCGCCGGCUUCGAGUACUUCGAGUGCAACUCAUUUGAACAGUUUUGCAUCAAUUACUGCAACGAAAAGUUGCAACAAUUCUUCAACGAACGCAUCCUUAAAGAGGAACAGACUAUCUAUGAGAGGGAAGGACUGGGACUCAAGAAGAUUGACUUCAUCGACAACCAGGACUGUAUCGAUCUGUUGGAGGGCAAGGCGUCGGGCAUUUUCGACCUCCUGGACGAGGAGAGCAAACUGCCGAAGCCGUCGUCCGUCCACUUCACCGAAACAGUGCACUCGUCUCACGGCAACCACUUCCGGCUGGCGGUCCCGAGAAAGUCCAAACUCCGUAACCAUCGCGAGAUACGCGACGACGAGGGCUUUCUCAUCCGGCACUUCGCCGGCGCCGUCUGUUACACGACCAGCGCCUUCAUCGACAAGAACAACGACGCCCUCCACGCCUCGCUCGAGGCACUCAUGUUGGACUCGAGUAACCAAUUGCUCAAAUCCCUGUUUACGUCGCCCGCCGACGCCAAGGCGCUGAAGAAUGGCAACAAUAACAACAACAUAAUCAUUAACAACAACUUCCAGAAUAAGGCCAAAACGGGCGGCAAAUUGACGUUCGAGUCGGUCGGCGGCAAAUUCCGGUCACAGCUGUCGGAGUUGAUGUCGAAGUUGCGGUCGACGGGCACCCACUUUAUCCGGUGCAUUAAACCUAAUUUGAACAUGGUGGCCCAUCAGUUCGAGGGCGCGCACAUACUGUCCCAAUUGCGCUGCUCAGGCAUGACCUCAGUGCUCGAGUUGAUGCAAAUGGGGUAUCCGUCGCGCGCGGCGUUCGCCGACCUCUACUCGAUGUACGCCAAGUUCUUGCCGCCAGAGUUGGCCCGAUUGGACUCCAGGCUCUUCUGUCGGGCGCUGUUUAAGGCGUUGGGUUUGAAUGAGAAUGACUUCCGGUUCGGGUCGACAAAGAUCUUCUUCAGGCCGGGAAAGUUCGCCGAAUUCGACCAAAUCAUGAAGAGUGACCCUGAUAAUCUGGCCACCUUAGUCAAAAAGGUCCAGAAAUGGCUGCUCGCCUCCCGUUGGAAGAAGGCUCAGUGGUGUUCACUAUCUGUCAUCAAAUUGAAAAAUAAGAUUAAAUGGAGAAAAGAGCAGAUUAUUAUAAUCCAGAAGAAUAUCCGUAUGUUAAACGCUAUCAACAAAUAUAAGCCGAGAUAUAAGGGAUUACUACAAGUAAAACAACUGCGAAAACAUUUAAUACAAUUACAAGAGCUGUCGAAACAACUGAAGUCCAAUUCAGACAAACAGAUGUGCGAUCAGACCAUCAAACAAGUGGACGCAGACAUGAAUCAAAUGAUCAAUAAAUUGAAAAACAGUGACAACAAAAUGAACGCUAAGGACAUCGAUCAGGACAUCAAUCGGCUAAACGCGUCCAUCAAUAACAAUGUGUCACUCCUGAGGGGCAAACUGGCCGAACAGGAGAGGCUUAUGAAGAUUCAGCAACAGAUGGAAGCGGAGCGGAAGCUCAGGGAAGAGGAGGACAGGAAGGCCCGCGAGAUGGAGGACAACAAGAGGAAGAAGGCGGAGAUGGAGGAGCGGAACCGCUUGGAAACCGCGGCCCGAGUCGAGAGGGAGAGCCGAGAGAUGAGAGCCGCCGAAGAGCGCAAACACAAAGAACAGAGCCUUUUGGAGGCGGAGAUGAAGCGCAUAGAGCAGGAGAGACGCGACUACGAGUUGGCCGCCAGACUCGCACAGGACUCCGAGUCCACAGUCAGCGACGACUGGCAGUCGUCGCCAACAAUGCUUCCCAGAUCUGCGGCCGUGUUAGAGCAAAGACAGUCGCCGGCGAACCAGAAGUACAACUUAGAGAAGUGGAAAUACUCGGACCUGAGAGACACGAUCAACACGUCGUGCGAUAUCGAGCUCCUGGAGGCGUGUCGUGAAGAGUUUCAUCGGCGGCUCAAAGUGUACCACUCGUGGAAGUCGAGGGCCAACAGGAAUAAAGUGGUGAACGGCGGCGGCGGCGGAGGUGACCAACAGAGAGCGCCCGACAGUAUUCUGGACCAGAAUUUCAAUUACAAUAUAAAGGGUGCGGACACGAGCGCCGGUAAGGAGCGCUACUUUCGUAUGCCGUUCAAUAAGCCCAACACAUCGGGCCAUAAGGGCUGGUGGUUCGCACACUUUGACGGCCAAUGGAUCGCACGGCAGAUGGAAAUACAUCCCGAAAAGAAACCCAUACUAUUGGUCGCCGGUCGUGAUGAUAUGCAAAUGUGCGAGCUCAGUCUGGACGAGACACGUCUGGCCACCAAACGGGGCGCCGAGAUAUUGGGCCACGAGUUCGAGGCCGAGUGGGCCCGCAAUGGAGGCAAACCCUACACGAAGGGUCCCAUUGAGCACAACCUCAUCGAGUAAUCAUUUAUACGAUUAUUAUAUUAAUAAUUAUUAAAUUUAAUUUUAGUUACAAAUUACAAGACAUUUGCAACAAUACAUGACUAACUAUUAAUUACCAUAUUUUGCAGCUUUUAAUGCAUGAACUCAUAUAUUAGUUGAUUAUAACGAGUGUCCACUAAAAGGAGUCCUUAAUAUUAUUUGUUUCCUCUAAUGAAUCGCAUAAAAGACAAGAGAAAAGAGUUUUUUUUAAUAUAACUUAUUUUUAUGAAAAUGCAAAUUAUUUUUAAAUUAAUUUUAACGUAAGAUAUAUUAUAGAUAUUUAAUAAUUAUAUAUUGUUUUUAUUUUUUAAAUAAAUGUUUACAAAUUUAAUUUGUAAUUUAAUUUUAAGCAAAUUUGACGACAAAUAAAAUAUUUUUUUGAGCGCAUA